CUUCCUUGUGAGUGGUUUGACAUCUGGUGAGUAGAAACAUAAUCACUAGUUACUGAUUCAUAGUCAAGAGUUCUCGAGUAAAACUGCAUUCGAGAAAUUUCUCGUGGUUUCCCUACCGGUCUGCAUGCGUGCGUCCUUGGCUAUACCUAGGGUUGAGGCACAAAUAUUAUCUUGACAGUGCGCUCUCUGGUUAAUGACGCAUUAACUCGUUGGUGUGUGUUUCGCAUUCACGAGCAUCUGCUUUUCAGCAUAUACGCUAGGCCUACGUUCAAAGAUGGGAGACUCCGUAACAUCAGUAGUCCAAACUAGGCUGGGUCUCACUUCAACUGUGAACCAUUACUUGCAGGCUUUGAAAGAGAAGGAACUUGGAAAUGCAGCUUACAAGAAAAAGGACUUUAAAGCAGCAUUGGAACACUAUGAGGCAGCUGCAAAGCUGGAUCCAACUGAAAUGACCUUCUUGUCCAACAUGGGUGCGGUGUACUUUGAGCAGAAGCUGUAUGAAAAGUGUGUGGAGACAUGUCAGAAAGCAGUUGAAGUUGGUCGGGAAAGCCGAGCAGACUACAAGCUCAUUGGCAAGGUCUUCACUCGUAUUGCUAAUGCCUACAAGAAUAUGAAAGAUUAUAAGAAUGCCAAAAUCUUCUAUGAGAAAGCCUUGUCAGAGCAUAGGACUCCUGAGACUCGAGAAUUAUUGUCUGAGGUAGAAAAGAUCAUCAAGGAAGAGGAAAGAAAAUCAUAUAUCAGCCCUGAGAAGGCAGAAGAAGAGCGAAACUUGGGAAAUAAGUGCUUCCAAGAGGGGAAAUAUGCAGAUGCUGUGAAGCAUUACUCUGAAGCCAUAUUGAGGAAUCCAGAGGAUGCAAAGAUCUACAGCAAUCGUGCAGCUGCUUACACUAAAUUGGCUGCCUUUGAAUAUGCCCUCAAAGACUGCGAUGUGUGUCUCAGACUUGAUCCAAAAUUCAUCAAGGGCUACUUGAGAAAGGGGAAAGUAUUGCAGGGUCUACAACAGCAUUCCAAAGCCCUUGAUGCAUACCAAAAGGCCCUGGACAUUGACUCCACAUGCCAGGAGGCCUUAGAUGGCUACAGGCAGUGCAUGAUUGAGAUGAAUUCUGAUCCAGAGGAAGUACGGAAACGAGCCAUGGCUGAUCCAGAAAUCCAGAAUAUUCUCAAAGAUCCAGCCAUGCGAUUAAUCUUAGAACAGAUUCAGAAUGACCCCAAGGCUCUUUCAGACCAUCUUCAAAAUCCAGACAUAGCAGCAAAAUUUCAGAAGCUUCUGGAAUCAGGGCUCAUUGCAGUGCGUUAACAGUUCCCAGUGAAAAAGGGACCUAUAGAUAACAAGGCUUGCUCCUAAUCAUUUUGGAGGAAGAAAAAGAAGCAAGCCAAAAGGGAAGAGACAAAAUCAUGUGAUAAUUCUCCUGCCAGCAUGUUCUCUCUAUGGCUCUUUUGUUUCCAUCAUUCCCUUCCUCUUUCCUGCUUUUCUGCUGUUAAAUCUGUGAACUACAUAAAUGCCUCCUUGUGUCCUAUCAUUGAAAAUUCCAGUGAUGAGAAGCUGGUCCAUUGGGAAUACAUUUUCUUCAACUAUAUCCUUCUGUGCCAUCGUUUCAGAUUCUUUUGAAAAUAAAUUGGUAUUUGUCA